UUAGCCUCCACAAAGAGGUGGGGCAGGUGAAGGAAGCUUGAAUACACUUUGCGAGUCUCGCAGUAUAUCAUUAUACAGUUGUUUUUUUCACCAUUGUUUUUUUUUUUUAGUUACAGAUCUACAAUGACGUGGAAGAGAGAUUAUAGAUUCCAGUUUUGAUAUUAUCCUUAAAAUGAGAUCAAUGUUGGGCAGAUUUUGUUUGUUGGGCUACUCUUAAAAUGUUUAGUGUAUCGCUGUACCAGUUGAUCGUUGUAAAAAGGUAUUUCUUUUAAAGACUGUAAGCACCGAGCAGGCACCGAGCAGGCAAAACUUGACUUUUUCCUCCUCCAUCUUUCAAGUUGCUGGAUUCUUGAUGUCGCGGUAAUUGGAUAUGGAUUUAUCCAUCAGCGUGCGAGGAGCUCUUGUGACGUCUCCUGCGCCAUUGAUCAGGAACGACGAACGCCCAGCGCAACAUAACGGUGAGCAAGAUAAGUCGGUGAAAAUCACCCUCUUCAGACACUCCAUUGAUAGCAUCUUAGGGGGCGCUGCUCAAAACGGGGGCAGUGAAAAUUGCUGCGAUAGGAGCUGUUUUGGCGGGCUCGCUUCAGUAUGUGAAGUCCGCCCUGGAACUGUCCUCCCCAGCAGCAGCAAGCCGGACACUGUGAAGGAGACAGGCUUAGGUCAAGACAGUGUAACUACUGGUCUCUCAGAAGCAGCAAGAGUCGCUAAUGAAGAGCGUGCCCAUCACGUGAGGUCUGCUGAUCAAGAAACUUUUGAUACGCCCUCAAAUUCCCAUGGUGCAAGUUUUCAUGAGCUAAUUAUAGACAUGGAGUCACGUGAUAUAACAGACGAGAACAACCUGAUCCACGACCUGAGCAAAAGAAACUGCUCUAAUCAAAACAUAUCUCAAUUUUUGCAGUUGAGACAAACCGAUGCAUUGACGUUGUCACUAGGGCAAGAGACCGCAUCGCUUGGAAACAAGAACUACCAUAAAGAUACGCCUGCGGCACUUAGCUUGCGCCGAUGGUCUUCGGACAGUAUUCCAACUGACUUACCAUGUCUUGACCAACUUCGUCGUGGGCCGCAAACAGCAUUCAGGAAAGUUUCGACAAAAACAAUGAACGCGUCUUCGACGACGGAAGAAACCCGCAACAGCACUAAAUCGCCCCUGGAAAACACACUGGCCUGCAACGGCUACUUUUUUGACAGACCUUUAAUUUGCAAAACUGACCAACGCUAUCCCAUAAGUCAAAAAAGUCUAGACAGAGACAGUGACAUAUUUGGUCUGGACUACGUGAAAGAUGCAGACGACAGUAAGUCAGCUGACAGAAGCUUCAGCCACUCCUCUUCUCCGCUAACGGACGAUGCCGACCGAACUGGUAGAAACAUUGAUGAUGACAUCACAAGUAUCAGCUCCCCGAGAGAAGACGAAUCAUUGGCCAAGAGAACGCACGUGACCUCGUCGAAUGAUAGCGCCGCCGUUUGCUUCAAAAAAAGGCGCGUCAGAACUACCUUCACCGCAGAGCAGCUUCACGCCCUAGAGGAAGUCUUCAGCAUCACUCACUAUCCAGAUGCCAAUACGCGGGAAAAUCUGGUGGCCAGAAUCGGUCUUUCAGAAGAGAGAGUACAGAUUUGGUUCCAGAACAGACGCGCCAAAUGGAGAAAACAUUCACGUCUGCGGAAUUUCGGAGGGCUCCAAGACCUGACGGACGCAAACUACGUGCCUGCACCAAGACACCUUCAGAAACUUAGAGACCUGGCAGAGUUGCGGCAAGACGGCAUAAAGUUGAACUCUGAGUCUCCAUUUUUUGUCAAAUCACCACGAGACGACAUAAUGAAUGUCAACUCUGGUCCCCGCUUGCCUUACGGCCUUCACCCUUACUACUCGGCAGCCGUGUUGGGAAUACCGCCUUUUUUGCUGCAGUGCUACUCGCCCUUACUGUACAGCUCAAGGUUUUUUAGUGGAUCCUCUCUAACAGCUGCGUCGCAGGAUAGGUUCUACAGAACUUUGUUAAGCCACGGAUCUGAUGGGACGAGUCAGCUGAAAGAUCACUGGCAAGGUGAAGGUCGGAUGUCAGACGCAGAUACAUUUCGACUUCCUUCGCUUCCCUCAUUGAGGCAUCUGACGAACCCACCAGACGACCAGAUGGGUGUGUCCGUCUUAAAAUCUUUUUUCCAGCCCAAAUCCCCCUGGAUUGCCGACCCCAAAACAGCGGCGAUGAUCGAAACGGAAGAAAGCCGGGAGGGGGUUGGUGAGUCAGGGGCAUCCCCUCUGAGCUACAUAGCUGCAUCUGUGGAGCGCCUGAGCAAAACGCCCAGCUGUGCCACACCUAGCCGAAACUCGGGAGGCGAUUCCGACGUCGCGUCCAGCUCAUCCUUGUCCCCCUCCUCGACGUCUCCUGACGACAAAAUGGACUGGUCCAGAGGUCACAACAGCGAUCAGCAUUCAAAGGAGUUAGUGGACUUGUCUGUAUCUAAACAGACGAGUUAAUGGAAUCGUCUGUAUCUGAACAUACGUGUUAAUGGAAUCUUCUGUAUCUGAACAUACGUGUUAAUGGAAUCGUCUGUAUCUGAACAGACGUGUUAAGUAGCUGGUUUUGGCUAAUGUUAAUAUGCGAUCCAAGACAAAGAUCUAACGUGAAAUCCACUUCUAAGCGAGUACAUUGACUUAAGUGCGUUACAGAUAGUCAUGUCAAUGAAGAUUUUAUUCUACAAGUAAAACAGACUUGUACAUGCAGUUCUACAUUUUAUAUCCUCCUCUGAAGUAGUGCAAAUAAAGUUCUAAAUAGAAACAUUCUUAUUGCUUCGUGGUUGUGUAUAUAUACUGUCAAGUUUGCAUUUUAAGUUGGCGAUUGUUAUUGUUUAACUUCGCAUUUUAUGUUUGCGAUUGUUAUUGUUUAACUUCGCGUUUUAUGUUUGCGAUUGUUAUUGUUUAACUUCGCAUAUUAGGCGCUAGACAUACACCAAAACACUUAGUUGUGCGGAUUGAGAAUGAACUGCAUUGAAAUUCCAGUGAAUCUAAACACACUCAACCUAAGCCUUUAUUAUAGUUGCUAUGUAUCUAAAAAUAUGUGUCUUACUUGAGACCGGUGAUAAACCAACAAAAAAACAACAACAACAACAAAAAACAACAGGGAAACAUAAUGUGAAUAAAGUAGAUGUCAAAAUGAUAAUUAGUUCGUUUUUUUAUGUCUCAUAUAUAUAUGAAUGUUAUAAUCCA